UCCAGGAGCCAUGACAUCUGACAUCAAAAGUGUCAAUUGCAAUUUCCAAUCGCGAGGUUGAGGUCCCGUCGCCUGCCGUUACGCCUGCCAAGGAGUCCAAAGUUGCCUCUCCCUCUGUUCAAAAGUCAGCUUCAAAGGGAACUACUGCAGUGAAGGACGUGCACAUGUCGACAGGACGGAGCACGAGGGCGGCUAAGCGUGCUGCGGAGGAGGUGGAGCAGGCUUCGCCGACAUUUAUAUCUACCAAGUUAUCGAAGACGUCCGCUUCCGUCAUCCGAAAACCAUACAUACAAACAGCUACUGCUGAGUCGGACAAGCCUACGCCGCGCAUUACUCGGGCAGCACAGCGAGUCGCAGAGGAGCACCAACACCCCGAAACACCUAUGUCAAACGACAGACCCAAGCGGACACGUUCGCAGAUCACGGGCGCAGAAGUUGAGAAGCAAUCCAGAACGGAAACUACAAAGCGGCAGAAACGGAGCGGGACUCCACCACCACCGCCGGUCAUUGUAACACCCGAACCAGUUGCAGCAUUGUCAGGAAGGUCUACGAGAGCCUCCGCACGGUUUGAAUCACCCAUCGCCAACGAAGACGAGGUACGAGACAUGAAACUGGCAAAGUCAGUGAAAGAAACCGCGGAGCCUGCUGAAGCAGCAGAACCCCAGCCUGAGCUCGCAAAGACCCCGGAGGUCGCCAAGUCCACUACGGAAUUCGAACCCGCUACAGCGGCUGCAGUCGAAGAACCAACCAGAAACUCCAACAACAUCGACAUCACAGCAACACGGACAUCGCCACCCCGUCCCAUCCGCAAAAGGUCCAUCACGAAACGCCGAAGCAGCAGCACAACCCACCACGAAGCAGACAAACCAUGCUACAAACCACCACCACUGAUCGAGCUCGAUCCACGUCUCGCCCUUCUAUACCCAGAACUCGCUCCGAGGAAGAAUAUGAAUCCACCGGUUUCGUCGAUGAGGGGGAGGGGGGAGUCGAGUAUGCGGUCUGCUAUUGUGCCUGUGCCGAGGAGGAUGGUGACUCCACCUCCGCCUCCGCCUGCAACGCCGAUCGCAAAGUCGGUUCCACACACAGUGGUGCCGCCGAAAGAGGAUAUAAUUAGUCCGGUCCUUGAGCGGCCUGCUUCAGCGGUGAAGCCGGCGUCAUCCUCGACCGGGACUGCGAUGCCUGUUGAGAGGGCUGAGCAGGUGGUUAGGACUGCGUCGCCGGAGCUCGAGGUUGAGAAUUUUGUCGGUUCUCCGGGGUUUGAUUUGCCAUCUCCGGAGCAUCAGCAGGCUCAGGUCCCGUUCAGCGUCCAGUCACCUUCCCAAGCUCCAGAUCAACCUCAAUUGCAGCCUCAGGUGCAAUCACAAGUCCAGGAGCAGCCCGCGACCGUCCUGCAUCCUGUACUUGCCGCUUCGGUUGCACCCGUCGCACCUCUCGCACCUCUCGCACCCAACACCCAACAACCAACCUUCUCCGCCGCCGAAGCCCAACUGUACCAAGCCCGCCAAGACGCCCGCCCCCCCUCAGACACCGAAAUGCUAACAACCUGGUUCCUCCGCGGCAUGGUCGACCUCCGCCUCCAACCCCCCCUCUUCACCCGCUUCGCCGCCGAAUUCAACGCAACCCGUCCCCCGCACCACCGCAUCUCCCCCGCCGAAGUAGGCUGGUGGGUCCACAAUAUGUGGGAAACUUCAUUGUUGGCGACCACGAUACAGAAGGAUGGGGAUGUGGAGUUUCAGGCGUUGUUGAGGAUUUAUGGGAGGAGGACCUUUGAGAGGUUGGUUGGGGGGCAUGUUGUUGUUUGGGAGAGGAGGGAGAGUUGGAUGGUUUUUCAGGAGGUUAUUGGGGAGGAGGGGAGGGGGGUUUUGGAUCAGAAGCCGAGAGAGGUGGUGGUGGUGGUGGAGGAAAGGCCGGUUGGUGCUCAUGGAACCUCAGAGGGACAGGUGAGCGAGGGCGUGAAUCCAGUUGCGGUCCUCCACCAUUGCCUGCACUGGCACAUCCUCCCACUUUGACCUCAAAACCAACCCCACCUGCACCCUCCGCCAUAACUAACCCACCCACGACAACCCCAAAACCCGCACCCACCUACGAAUCCUACACCUGCCCCCGCUGCU